AUUAAACAGCGCCAGGAGGCAUCAGUCAAAGCUCUCCCCGGAGUCCUGCGGCCUCGCACCGGGUUAAGAUCUCUGAAAAGCAGCUGGAGAAUGGACUGUGCGAGGAAGAUGGCAUCCGUCCUGUGUGCGUGAAGCCUCGGUGGUGCAAAAGAGUGUUUUAGCAGCAUGUAACAGUUGUGUCGAGGCUUCAGAGGGUGACAGCUGAGGACUGCCCGUGCAGCGGCUCCAGGACGGACGAGGAAACCCCGAGGACCAGGGCCUCUGUCCGGAUGACACCAGCACGCACCAGGCGCACCGCUCGUCUGAGCUAGCAUCGGCUAAGCUAACUCAUGUCUUCCAUCAAUUAAAAAUAGUCUUAAAUGGGUCUUUGAAGUUGAACGGGAUUUCUAUAAGGUGUGUAGAACUGUUGAUAGCUAGUGGCUCAGAUGUCGCCGGAUGGACGGAGCCGAGUCUGAGAAACAGCGAAAAAAACAGCGGAGGAUCUUCAGGCAUGAUGGAAGGAGUACAUGCUGGGGCUAUUGGCCUGGACCCUCGUCGUCAAGAACUGCUUGAAGCUCGAUUUUCUGGAGCUGGUGUAGGCAAGAAUUCAGUUAACAGUGAAUCAUCCAACCAGUCAUUGUGCAGUGCAGGAUCACUCAGUGACAAGGAGCUGGAGACACCAGAGAAAAAGACCAGUGGGCAGAGAGGUAGAAAGAGAAAGGGGGACAUAUACGACACCACCAACCACGGAAAUGGAAAGGGGCAGAAAGUCAGUGACUAUUUUGAUUUUGCCGGCAGCAGUGGCUCUGGCACUAGUCCUGCCCGGGGCGUCCCACCUCUGGUGCGCUCCUCUUCACAACACUCUCUGUCUAAUCUUCUGUUUCAACAUGGCAGCCCUUCAUCAACUGGCUCUGUCUUCACUGACUCCUCUUCCUGCAGCUCUGUAAAAACUCUGCGGCCAAGUUCCUGCUCUCAUAAAGCCAUACAGUCUGAACUGACCCUGCUGAAGCUCACAGCUCUGGAGAACGACAAAAACUCUGACCUGGAGAAAAAGGAGGGGAGAAUAGAUGAUCUGCUGAGGGCAAACUGUGAUUUGAGACGGCAGAUUGAUGAGCAGCAGAAAAUCUUGGAGCGCUACAAGGAACGUCUUAACAAGUGUGUCACUAUGAGUAAGAAACUUCUGAUUGAAAAGUCAAAACAGGAGAAGAAAGCGUGCAGGGAUAAGAGCAUGCAGGAUCGUCUCCGCUUGGGUCAUUUCACCACAGUGCGUCACGGGGCCUCCUUCACCGAGCAGUGGACAGAUGGUUACGCUUUUCAGAAUCUCAUCAAGCAGCAAGAGCGGAUCACUUCACAGCGGGAGGAUAUUGAAAGGCAGAGGAAGUUGCUUGGGAAGAGAAAACCACCCUCCGUUUCUCAAUCACCGUCACCCAACAUUGAACAAAGCAAACGAAAGAGCAGGAGCAACGGCCAGGAGAGUGAAGCGCUGUCAGUUGCAGAAUAUCAUGAGCAAGAAGAAAUAUUUAAGCUUCGAAUCGGUCAUCUAAAAAAGGAAGAGGCAGAGGUCCAGUCAGAACUGGAGCAGUUGGAGCGAGUGAGGAACCUACACAUUCGAGAACUAAAGAGGAUCCAUAAUGAGGACAACUCGCAAUUCAAAGACCAUCCAACAUUGAAUGACAGGUAUCUACUGUUGCAUUUACUUGGAAGAGGAGGUUUUAGUGAAGUUUAUAAGGCAUUUGAUUUAACGGAACAAAGAUAUGUAGCUAUUAAAAUUCACCAGCUCAACAAGAACUGGAGAGAGGAGAAGAAGGAAAACUAUCACAGGCAUGCCUACAGGGAAUAUAGAAUUCACAAAGACCUUGACCAUCCAAGAAUAGUCAAACUCUACGACUACUUUUCACUUGACACAGACUCAUUUUGCACAGUGUUGGAGUACUGCGAAGGCAACGAUCUGGAUUUUUACUUGAAGCAAAAUAAGCUGAUGACGGAGAAGGAGGGCCGUUCAAUCGUAAUGCAGAUUGUAAAUGCCCUCAAGUACCUCAACCAGAUACGGCCCCCUAUCAUUCAUUAUGACCUCAAACCUGGAAACAUCCUGUUGGUGAAUGGCACAGCUUGCGGAGAGAUAAAAAUCACCGACUUUGGCCUGUCCAAGAUCAUGGAUGAUGAUAGCUAUAGCUCUGCAGAUGGCAUGGACCUGACGUCACAGGGAGCAGGAACCUACUGGUACCUGCCCCCUGAGUGUUUCGUGAUGGGGAAGGAGCCCCCCAAAAUUUCCAACAAAGUAGAUGUUUGGUCAGUAGGAGUCAUCUUUUACCAGACUUUAUAUGGACGCAAGCCAUUUGGUCAUAAUCUGUCACAACAAGAUAUUCUUCAAGAAAACACUAUUCUAAAAGCUACUGAGGUUCACUUUCCGCCAAAGCCUGCUGUCACCACUGAAGCAAAGGCUUUUAUCCGUCGAUGCCUGGCUUAUCACAAAGAGGAUAGAGUAGAUGUUCUACAGUUAGCAAGUGACCCCUUUCUAAUGCCUCAUAUCAGACGGACAUUGGGCAAUAGUACACCCCCAGCAGCCCCCCUCCCCUCCACCUCCAGCUGUUACAGCAGCAGUGCCUCUGACAGACGAAGUAUGUUUGAAACUGAAUAAGAUGCUUUGUGCAGAAUCUCCUUAAAUCUUGAAAUUUACAGUUGGAGAUGGUUGUGUGUAAGUUAUGGAUGAUGUGGAUCACACGUUAAAAGAGAAGGCUGCUUCAGCGGUUAAUUUAAGGGAGUCUUUGGCUGUGGGCUCAGUAUAACCCAGUUAUGCCCACAUGCAUGCACUGACAUAAUGUGGUCCAUAUAAGGACCUUUUCUUUCACAAUAAAUAGAAAAAGCACCCUAAAUAUUGCACAGCUGAAAGAUUUUCUGCCUCCAUGAAGGUUCAAGCAUUACUGACACUUUGUCCCAUCCCGCUUCAUACAUGUAUUCUGUAUUGGUUGACCUUGGGGCUGUAAAGAAGGGGUCCUGCAGUGAUAAUGACUGAUGACCAAAGUUCAAGGCUCGGCCUGCCUUGUUUACAUGGCACCACAUGAAGAUCAUAAAUGAACUGGGGAAGAGGAGGACUGACUGUGAAAGAUUUACAGGUUUUGAACUAUUUUUAAUAUUUUCCUGAAUAACUGGAAGUUAUUCCAAUUUCAAUUAAGCCCAUAUUUUUUCAUGAGAUUUUCCCCCUGGAAUGUUUUGGGGCUAGAGAAUGAGUGUUGUAAUGAGAGCUAAGAUUAUAAUAAUGAAAUCAUUAAAAUAAAUAUUGUGUCAUUUUGUA